GACCGCGCCUCAAUCGCCACCACCAAAGGCAGCUCCAAAAUCGUGGGCGGACCUGGUCAAGCGUAACACAAAGACACAACCUAUAGGCGGCCUCGCGAACGGAGGCAUGGCUAAUGGUGGAUUCCAACUCCCGCAGACCGCGCCGCUUGCCGAGGCUUUGAAGCAGUACAAUGUCCACAGUGGCUCAAAGUUGGCAUUUCUCGAGCCAAGAGGACUCGUCAAUACUGGCAACAUGUGUUAUAUGAAUUCGAUUCUCCAAGUCUUGGUCUUUUGUGCUCCCUUCUACAGCUUCCUGGAUCAAGUCCGCCAGCGAACUGUGCACUCCAUGAAGAGCGACACACCUCUUGUUGAUGCGAUGAUUAUGUUCAUGCGGGAGUUCAAAGUUUUGGCUGACGCGGAGUCGGCGGAUGCUCUCCGAAAGACUCUCAAGCAGGAUCAGCUGGAGGUGUAUGGCGAUCCCGUCACGCCGGAAUAUGUUUACGAGGUGAUUAGGAAGCUGCCUCGAUUUGCGAGCAUGAGGCGCGGACAUCAGCAGGAUGCGGAAGAAUUCCUCGGAUUCCUGCUCGAAGGAUUGCACGAUGAGUGCGUUCACGUCAUGCAAGGACAGAUGGAUGAGCCAAAGGAGAACGGCGUCACAUCUCCGGAUACAGUCAUUGCUGAAGGCUGGCUCGAAGUUGGUCCCAAGCAGAAGGCUUCGGUGACCCGCACAGCCGGACAGCAAGAUGCGCCAUCACCGGUCACCAAGAUCUUCGGUGGCCACCUCCGAUCAGAGUUGCGUGUGCCAGGGCAGAAAGACUCUGUCACACUGGAGCCAUACCAACCACUGCAGCUCGACAUUGGAGCUCCGCACGUGAACAACAUCAUCGACGCUCUCAAGGGCAUCACUCGGACUGAGACAUUGACCGGCGACUUUGGCGGCAAAGGCAGCACCGCCAAGAAGCAAGUCUUCAUCGAUACCCUCCCACCAGUCCUCAUUCUCCACCUCAAGCGCUUCCAAUACGACAACUCUCAAACCGGCACCCAGAAGAUCUGGAAGAGAGUCGGGUACCCACUCGAACUCGAGAUUCCAAAGGACGUCUUCCCACCAGCCAAACGCGGUGGACUGGCUGUCAAAGGCGGCCUUCCACGAUACCGCCUCACGGGCGUCGUCUACCACCACGGCAAAUCCGCCGCCGGAGGACACUACACCGUCGACGUUCUGCGUCAAGACAGCCGCGAGUGGGUGCGCAUGGACGAUACCGUCAUCCGUCGCAUCCGUCCGGAAGACGUGGCCGAAGGCGGUUCAGAGGAAGAUCCGAAACUCCUGGCGAAGGCAUUGGAGCAGCACAAAGCUGAUGCGGACAUGCAAAAGCAACGCAACAUGUACCAGGGGCUUGACGAGGCCGAGAAGGAACCUGAAGAGGAGAAGCCGUGGUCGGAAGUCAAUGCAUAUGUUAACGGGCAUGCGAAGAAGUGGAGCAAUGUUGCUGUUGGUGCGACGAAUGGGACGGCCACGCCGGCGAGUACGACCGGAAAGAGGACGCCGACGAAUGCGGCUAGGAAGGAGGGAGUGAGGGAUAAUAAGGUGGCGUACAUUUUGUUGUAUGAGAGGAUGAGGGAUUGA